AUGGAUAUUCCACGUUCCGAUUCUUCAGACGAGCAAGCCGACAGUGCCUGGGUGCAUUCAUCUGAUGACAUAUUGGGCCCCGUCAGCUGGCCAGCGCCAGCAGAUCUCCUAUGGCCGCCAAACAACUAUUCAAACCUCCGGAAUUCUACCGAACGUCCUUCAGUGCCUUUUGCUGCUGCUAACAUGAGAACUUGGGUCAGUCCAUCAUCGAUCACAGUACCAGCGUUGCACUGUUAUCCCCCUUUACUCGCUCCAGUUCCCUCGGAACUAGAAGUUCUUGAACAAACUUGGGCUAGAGUCGUACAGUCGCACGAACGGGAUACCGUUUCUGAGUUGACAGAGGAGGACAUGGCUACCCCUGGAUUCAAUUUUCGCCUAUAUAAUACUACAAACCCUAAUGAGCUGCCCGCGGAACCACCUAUGAAGGUCACUGGAGGUGGCUUCUCUGAAUACAUCACGCAAAGUCACGGAAACGAUCAAAAUCAAUUUUUUAACUCUGGGCUACAGGAACCAGUGAGGGUAACAUAUGUGAUGCCAGGUGCAGACGAAAUGACUUCACACAAUAUGCGUAUGGAAACGCACCAAAAUUCAUUGUCUUCAGAACCAUACGGACAUUUUGAAGAGCACGCUCUCCAGUCAAUUUCUCCUCGAGCAACCCGUACUAUGGAGCCAACCUCACCGGUAUUACCCAAUCCUCCUCGCCGGCCGCUACGUUUGAAUUCGGCAAAUAUAACCCAGCUUCUUCACGAGGAGCCAAGUAAUAGGUCUAUGGCGCCGCUAAUAACAUCCUAUUAUCCUACGUCAAUUGUGGACUCACCCGGCUCUUCAAUUUGUGCGGUGAAUUCCGCCUACAGCCACCAAAUUGAACCGGGCAGUGACGUGGAUGAAUACAGACAAGGUCAAGCCAGUCCUGAAAGUCCCUCGAGAAUGUCUCAUGAUACCACGGGACCAUCAUUUCCCUCCCCUGGGAUAUCCCCAAGUCACCUGCAACGUGCAGCAUCCACAGGCGGCUUGCGUUUCGGCACAGUUCAACCAUUCCGAGGGUAUGAUCAACAAUACUGGGGGCCUCCAAGGCCUCAUAUUACCCGUUGGUCUCAUACUGAGCCUCCAUCACCCGCUGAAGAUAAUGCAACAACGACGGUGAACCAUGAGAAAAAUAGAAGGUCAUCUCUUAAAACCUGUGAGCUCGAAGAGGCAGGGCUUGAUUUCCCUGGCUGCUAUGUCCUGGUUCCUACCACGGAAGAUUCUAUAGCUUCUUCUGAGAUUGCGAUUGUGGAAGGGCCCGAGCCAGGGUUAAUAUCUACGAAAAAGAAUUUCAGAAGGCCAAUGGUGGAAUCUGAGAGACAGGCCAUAAAGUUAAACAGAAAGUUCGGGGUUUGUCUUCGUUGCAAGAUGUUCAAGGAAAGGUGUAGGGGAGUUUACGGACAAGUCAAUUUUUACCAGAGGACUUUACAAAUCGCGGGAAGUUAUAGAGAUGCAUCGCUCCUAGAGCAUAUUCUAUGGAGAGAACUCAGGAAAACCGACUUUGCUCGGAUACCCUCCUCAGCGUAUGGGAUAAUUGCAAUUGAAGAUAUCUCAUCGCGGCUUGAGGUCUAUUUUGACAGUCAUAUCGAUGACCUUAUUCUGGAAGCCCAGCGGAAUGCAGGGACAACUUCCCACUCCGAAAUAUAUGCGCAGACUCUAUUAGCCGCACAUCAAUACGCGAUCGAUAACCCGGAAAAAGGCUUACUUGUACGAAAAGCCUUGCGAAUCUGGGCUGCACAAAUCGUUUUCUUCAAAGGCGUCUGGAGGAUUGAAGGAACAAAUACUGCUGGCAUGCCGACGAUCACUGACCGAAAGUCAAAGCUCUGCGGGAUGACCCCUCUACCCCGCUUAGCUAAUCAACAGCUUGACGCAAAGGUAGAAAGCUGGAUUGCGGAUCUUGAGCGAGAAGUACUUUCAGAGCUACAACAUAAAAUAUUCCGUCGUAACUCCGCCGAUUGGUUUGGAAUAUAUCUCACUUUAUUCGUAACCUUGUGUAGCCUGGAAAGAGAUACCUGGGGUCUUCAAACGUGGGCUUUCGAUGCCGAUAACUUACUUCAAAGUGUAAACAACCUGGGUUUGAGUAGACCAGAUGAAGUACGGGGAGCAUGGACAUGGCCACUCCAGGAGACGCCGAGGGUGUUAAUCGAGAAAAACCUACAUCUCGCGGAAACGCUUACCGCUCAUUUUCGAUCCGUUACUAAAGGAUGGGUCCCUUUCACCCUUGACUGGCACAGUGACCCUGUCAUCGCAUUGUCGGGAGGAGAACAUGUAGCCGUGAAUUAUAUGAGAUCUAUCUGUCAAUGGAUUAAAGACGGGGAACCCAUCUUACGCGCCAGAGCUUCUGCAGAAUAUAGCAAGGAUUUUUUUGAUAGUUUAAAUCUCAUGUAUUGUUCCAAGCUAAUGAUUUCUGACCGCGAGGAUUCUUGA